AAUAGCAUUCCUUUUAGUAUAUAUCUAUAUAUAUGUAUGAGUAUGAGCUUGUCCUCAUCAUGUGUGCUCAUGCUUUAGAGUGCCUUCGCAAACCCAUUAACUGAGUUGUGAGGGCGAAUGUGACAGAAAGCACAAAGAUGGUGAUGAAGCAGUAUCAAGAAGAAGCAGCAGUACCAGUGAGUCCUAUUGGACAAUACUUCAACAGCUCUGUGCUCUGUAUUUACGUUGUUGGCGUUUUGGAAUUCGAGGUUCCUUUCGAUGAAUCACAAGCCAUUCCUCUCCUCACGCGCCUCUUUCUUCCUGUCAAUCCUCGCUUCUCCUCCAUCAUGGUUGAAGACAUGAGUGGGAAGAAACAAUGGGAGAAAGUGGAAGUCAACUUGAAAGAUCAUGUUAACAUCCCCUCAUUCCCUGAAUGCGAGCCAGAUGAAUUAUAUGACAAGUAUUUUUCGGAUUACAUGUCCAAAAUAGCAUCAGAGAAGCUUCCAGAGAACAGACCAUUAUGGGAAAUUCACAUCGUGAAUUACCCUACAAGCAGUGCGGCAAGCAGCCUCAUAUUCAAACUCCACCACGCUCUUGGAGAUGGCUACUCUCUCAUGGGUGCUCUUCUUUCUUGUCUUCAAAGAGCCGACGAUCCCUCACUUCCCUUGCCUUUCCCUCCCCUCAAACCUGCAAAAUCUCAUCGCAAAAGCUUCUUCAACAGAUUUUCUUUGGCCAUGUCAUCAGCCUUCCAUACUUUCGCUGAUUUUUGGGGGAGCAUAUCGAAGAGCAGUGUCAAUGAAGAUGACCAAACACCAAUCAGGUCUGGAAUUGAAGGACCUGAGAUUCCUCCAUUCACUGUAUCAACCUUGGAAUUCUCCCUUGACCAAAUCAAACUCGUCAAGUCCAGGCUAAUUGGAGCGACAAUAAAUGACGUGAUUACUGGGGUUAUUUUCUUUGGGAUUCGCUUGUACAUGCAAGACGUAGACAUCAAAUCCAGGGCCGCAAACUCCACUGCGUUGGUGCUGAUGAACACAAGAAACAUCGAAGUCUAUCAAUCUGUCGAUGACAUGCUCAAGUCUAAGGCCUCUUGGGGGAACCAUUUUUCCUUCUUCCAUGUGCCGAUUCCAAAGUUAGAAGAUGAUAGGAUUUCAAAUCCACUAGAAUUCAUCUGGGAAGCACACAAUAUAAUCAUCAGGAAGAAACAAUCCGCGGCCGUUCUCCUCGCCGGCAUGCUUCUCGAAAUGAAGAGAAAAUGGAAAGGAUAUGAGGCAGUAGCUAAGCACAUGUACGAUACAAUGUCAAAAUCGAGUUUGGCAAUAACUAACCUAAUCGGACCAUCACAAAAAAUAUCUUUAGCUAACCAUCCCGUCAAAGGCUUGUAUUUCACAUCUGUCGGGGUUCCUCAGAGCCUUCAGAUGUCAGUAAUGAGCUACAAUGGCGUUCUGAGAGUGUCCCUGCAGACAGAAAAAUAUUUCAUAGAUGAACACAAACUGAAAUCCUCCCUCGAAAGUGCCUUUGAGAUUAUACUCAAUGCAGCCAUGGAGAUUCCUCGACAAACCAAAAAUUAGAAUUAGCCUGAACGACUAAAAUUCAUCAGCCUGCAAGCUCAAGCUAUAAUGUUUCCCAGAUUUAUCUAUUGUUCAUCAUUUGUUGCACGUCUUCACUUAGAAUUUUAAAUAUGGAA